AUGACAUCUAUUAUCAAGUUAACGACCCUCUCUGGAGUCCAAGAAGAGUCUGCUCUAUGCUAUCUUCUCCAAGUUGAUGAGUUUAGAUUUUUACUGGACUGUGGCUGGGAUGAGCACUUUUCUAUGGAUAUCAUAGAUUCCCUGAGGAAGCAUGUUCACCAGAUCGAUGCUGUACUGCUGUCUCACCCCGAUCCUCUCCACCUUGGUGCACUCCCUUACGCUGUUGGGAAGUUGGGUCUGAAUUGUGCUAUCUACGCAACCAUUCCUGUUUAUAAAAUGGGGCAGAUGUUCAUGUAUGAUCUUUAUCAGUCUCGACAUAAUACAGAAGAUUUCACACUCUUCACAUUAGAUGAUGUUGAUGCAGCCUUUGAUAAAAUACAACAGCUAAAAUUCUCUCAGAUUGUGAAUUUGAAAGGCAAAGGACAUGGCUUGUCUAUCACACCUCUGCCAGCUGGUCAUAUGAUAGGUGGAACCAUAUGGAAAAUAGUCAAAGAUGGAGAAGAAGAAAUUGUUUAUGCAGUUGACUUCAACCACAAGAGGGAGAUCCACUUAAAUGGAUGUUCCCUGGAAAUGCUAAGCAGACCCUCUCUACUUAUCACAGAUUCAUUUAAUGCUACUUACGUGCAGCCUAGACGAAAGCAGAGAGACGAGCAACUUCUGACAAAUGUCCUGGAAACACUUCGAGGAGAUGGAAAUGUAUUAAUAGCAGUGGACACUGCAGGCCGAGUUUUGGAACUUGCCCAACUUCUUGAUCAGAUUUGGAGAACGAAAGAUGCGGGAUUGGGUGUUUACUCACUGGCACUCCUCAAUAACGUCAGUUAUAAUGUGGUGGAGUUUUCCAAGUCCCAGGUAGAAUGGAUGAGUGAUAAAUUGAUGAGAUGUUUUGAAGACAAAAGAAAUAAUCCAUUUCAGUUUCGCCAUCUCUCUUUAUGUCACGGUCUUUCUGACUUGGCUCGAGUACCUAGCCCCAAAGUUGUCCUUGCCAGCCAACCUGACCUGGAAUGUGGAUUUUCAAGGGACUUGUUUAUUCAGUGGUGUCAGGACCCUAAAAACUCAAUCAUUCUGACUUACAGAACCACCCCUGGGACAUUAGCACGUUUCCUAAUUGAUAAUCCUUCUGAGAAAAUCACAGAAAUAGAGUUGCGGAAACGUGUGAAGCUUGAAGGAAAGGAACUUGAGGAAUACUUGGAAAAAGAGAAGCUAAAAAAAGAGGCUGCUAAGAAACUUGAGCAGUCUAAAGAGGCAGAUAUAGAUUCCAGUGAUGAGAGUGAUGUUGAAGAAGAUAUUGACCAGCCGUCAGCUCAUAAGACUAAGCAUGACCUGAUGAUGAAAGGUGAAGGCAGUCGUAAGGGGAGCUUCUUUAAGCAGGCUAAAAAGUCCUACCCUAUGUUUCCUGCCCCAGAAGAAAGAAUUAAAUGGGAUGAAUAUGGAGAGAUUAUCAAACCAGAGGAUUUCUUAGUGCCAGAACUUCAAGCUACUGAGGAAGAAAAAAGCAAAUUAGAAUCUGGCUUGACCAAUGGAGAUGAGCCCAUGGAUCAGGAUUUAUCUGAUGUUCCUACCAAGUGUAUUUCUACAACAGAGUCUAUUGAAAUAAAAGCCAGGGUUACUUACAUAGACUACGAAGGACGCUCUGAUGGGGAUUCCAUUAAAAAAAUCAUCAAUCAGAUGAAGCCACGACAGUUGAUCAUUGUCCAUGGACCUCCAGAGGCCAGUCAAGACCUUGCAGAAUGCUGCCGUGCAUUUGGCGGGAAAGACAUUAAAGUGUAUAUGCCGAAGCUGCACGAGACAGUUGACGCCACUAGUGAGACUCACAUCUACCAGGUGAGGUUAAAAGACUCGCUCGUCAGCUCCCUUCAGUUCUGUAAGGCCAAGGAUGCUGAGUUGGCGUGGAUAGAUGGUGUCCUGGACAUGAGAGUCUCCAAAGUGGACACAGGAGUUAUUUUAGAAGAAGGAGAGCUGAAGGAUGACGGUGAGGACUCCGAAAUGCAGGUGGAUGCUUCUUCCGAUUCCAGCGCCAUCGCGCAGCAGAAGGCCAUGAAAAGCCUGUUUGGAGAUGACGAGAAGGAGGCGGCCGAGGAAAGUGAGGUCAUUCCUACUUUGGAACCCUUGCCGCCCCAUGAGGUUCCGGGACAUCAGUCAGUUUUUAUGAACGAACCAAGACUAUCAGACUUCAAACAAGUUCUUUUACGGGAGGGGAUCCAAGCUGAAUUUGUAGGAGGUGUUCUUGUUUGCAACAAUCAAGUCGCAGUCCGUAGAACGGAAACUGGACGCAUUGGAUUAGAAGGCUGCCUUUGUCAGGAUUUUUAUAGGAUACGAGACCUUUUAUAUGAACAGUAUGCCAUUGUAUAA